UAGUCUAGCCAAUCAAAUUUCGACACGACCAUUUUCCCAAUAAUAGAUAAGCAGCGUGUUGUAGUUUUCCUGUCAGGAUCUCUAUUUUUCAUGAUAUUUAGAUCAGAAGUAAUUGUCUGAAAAGGCUGUCAAAACGAUGAAGAAGUUAACUGUUUUGUGGUUGCUGGCUUUGGUAGUAAGCACCUUAUGGGUGGUGGAAGCCAAGAAAGAUGAAGAAGAUAAUGAUGAAAGUAGUGAGAAAAAGGACAAAAAAGAUAGCAUUGGAACUGUCAUUGGGAUCGACUUGGGUACCACUUAUUCAUGUGUUGGUGUUUUCAAGAAUGGCAGAGUUGAAAUUAUUGCCAAUGACCAGGGAAACCGAAUCACUCCAUCAUAUGUGGCAUUCACCCCUGAUGGUGAACGUCUCAUUGGUGAUGCAGCCAAGAAUCAGUUGACAACAAAUCCAGAAAACACAUUUUUUGACAUCAAACGACUUAUUGGCAGAAAGUGGGAGGAAAGCUCUGUCCAGAGCGACUUGAAAUUUUUCCCCUUCAAGGUUACGAACAAAAAUAACAAGCCACAUGUUGAAGCAAUGACUGGUGAUGGAAAGAAGACGUUUGCCCCUGAAGAGAUCUCGGCUAUGGUGUUGGGCAAAAUGAAGGAGAUCGCAGAAGCGUACCUCGGAAAGAAGAUUGUGAACGCCGUGGUUACAGUGCCGGCUUACUUCAACGAUGCCCAGAGACAGGCAACAAAGGAUGCUGGAGUGAUUGCUGGACUUAAUGUUUUGAGAAUUAUCAAUGAGCCAACCGCAGCUGCCAUAGCCUAUGGGUUGGACAAGAAAGAAGGAGAGAAAAACAUUCUAGUGUUUGAUUUGGGUGGUGGAACUUUCGACGUUUCUCUUCUUACCAUUGACAAUGGGGUCUUUGAAGUUGUGGCAACAAAUGGAGAUACUCAUCUUGGUGGUGAAGAUUUUGAUCAGCGUGUAAUGGAUCACUUCAUUAAACUGUACAAGAAGAAGAAAGGAAAGGAUAUCCGCAAGGAUAACAGAGCUGUUCAGAAACUGCGACGUGAGGUUGAGAAGGCAAAGAGAGCACUUUCGUCACAACAUCAAGCCCGAGUUGAGAUUGAAUCAUUGUACGAUGGAGAAGACUUCUCAGAAACACUAACCAGAGCCAAAUUUGAAGAACUCAACAUGGAUCUUUUCCGAUCAACCAUGAAACCAGUAGCCCGUGUGAUGGAAGAUUCGGAUCUGAAGAAGACCGAAAUUGAUGAAAUCGUUCUUGUAGGUGGCUCCACAAGAAUUCCCAAAGUUCAGCAACUUGUCAAGGAGUUCUUCAGUGGAAAGGAGCCCAACCGUGGCAUCAACCCCGACGAGGCUGUUGCUUAUGGAGCUGCUGUCCAGGCUGGCGUGCUCAGUGGUGAAGAAGACACUGGCGAUCUUGUACUCCUGGAUGUCAACCCGCUGACGAUGGGCAUCGAGACUGUUGGUGGAGUGAUGACCAAGCUGAUCCCAAGAAACACCGUAAUCCCAACCAAGAAAUCUCAGAUCUUCUCGACAGCCUCGGACAACCAGCCGACCGUGACCAUUCAGGUUUUUGAAGGAGAAAGACCCAUGACGAAGGACAACCACGUUCUUGGAAAGUUCGACCUGACUGGAAUUCCACCAUCCCCACGAGGUGUUCCUCAGAUUGAAGUCACAUUUGAAAUCGAUGUGAACGGAAUCUUGAAGGUUUCUGCCGAAGAUAAAGGCACGGGAAGCAAAGAACAGAUUGUCAUUCAGAACGACCAGAACAGACUGACACCAGAAGACAUUGACAGAAUGAUCAACGAUGCAGAAAAAUAUGCAGAAGAAGAUAAGAAACUCAAAGAAAAAGUUGAAGCUAGAAACGAACUUGAAAGUUAUGCAUAUUCAUUAAAAAAUCAAAUUGGAGAUAAAGAAAAAUUGGGAGCUAAACUUAGUUCAGAAGAUAAAGAAAAAAUUUCAGAUGCAGUGGAAGAAAAAAUAAAAUGGUUAGAAAGCAACCAAGAUGCUGAAGCUGAGGCUUAUAAAGAACAAAAGAAAGAACUUGAAGAAAUUGUUCAGCCAAUUAUAAGCAAACUUUAUGAAGGUGCUGGAGGCACACCACCUCCAAGUGGUGGAGAAGGUGGUGGGGAUGACGAAGAUCAUGAUGAAUUAUGAGAAAACUUAAGGCUAAGGGAAAAAUUACUGUUUUGUUUUCAAUGUUAUUUAUAUUUAUCAGUUGUGGUAUUGGGGUGGGAACAAUUGUGUGAUGAAAAAAGUAGUAAUCUUAAAAACAAAAUCAACGGUACCAUUCCAAUUGACUGAAUUUUUCUCCUUUUGUUUUGAAUGGUGAAAUCCAUGUUGAAGAUAUUUUUUCCUUUUUUUUUUUUUCUUUAUAAAAAGUAAAUUUCUGGUAAUAUUAGUAAUAGUUAUAGGGCCAUGUUAGAAUUUACUGGUUGACUACAGAAAAAGUUUUUAAUUUGAACAUUUGUUGUAAAUUUGUACCAUUAUACAUUAUGUCAGUGAGAUUUCUGUGCAAGUUGCUAUGUAAAUACAUGCAUCUCAUCAUUGUGUUAAGUCUGCAAGUUGUUUUGUCCGAUAUGAAUGACAGAUGAAUAUUUGGAAAUGUGUGAAUAAAAAGUACUUUAUUU